UAGCGCUACUUUGUUUUUGUUCUCCCGAUUAAGUCUGUGUGUUCUGGCGCAGAAUUCCUGUUCAUCGUGUAAUGUGCGUUAACGUAGCCACUGCAGUGCCAGAUGCUUAAUUUUUCAAUUCGGUUAUUUUUGACAACAAUUUUUAAAGCGCAGAAAUGGGCGGUGGGGAUCUAAACUUGAAAAAAUCAUGGCACCCUUCGACUUUGAGGAACAUCGAACGGGUAUGGAAGGCGGAACAGGUCCGCGACAUGGAGAAAUCCAAAAUCGAGCAACUCCAAAAGGAGCUUAUGGAAGAGAGGAGCAAACAAGAAAUGCGACAAUUUGCGGAGGACACGGGUGUCGUCAAAAAGAGACAGGAUCGGCUAGACUGGAUGUACCAAGGAGUAGCGGGACUUGUAGACCGCGACCAGUAUUUGAUGGGACGGAAAGUUGACAAGAACUUCGAAAUUUUACAACAAGAGGAAGAAGGCAUUGAACAACAAGACGAAGAUCAGCUGCCUGGAGCAGUCUUUGCUGCAAGUUCUGCAAAUGCUGUGGUGGAUCUUGGCAACAAGAUCAGGGAGGACCCGUUAUUUGAAAUAAAAAAGCAAGAGAUGAAAACAAAGAAGACUUUAUUGAGCAAUCCUGUUAAAAUGAAGUAUCUCAGAGAAAUGCUUGAAGAAUCCUUGAAAAGUAAGAAGAAGAACAAGAAGAAAAAGCAUAAGAAGAAGAAAGACAAAAGCGACGACAGCUUUUCAGAUAGUGACAAAGAAAUGAAAAUCACCAAUGAAAAACAUCGCCACAAGCAUAAACAUCAUAGUCACGAAGAAGAAGCCUCUACCUCAAAUCAUUCAAAGCAUCACAGGACAGACCGUGAAAAUCGUCAGGAGAACCACCACAGGUACGACGAGAGGAAUGAAGGCAGGAAUGGAAGAGAACACAAGUGCGCUUCUCGUGAAGAAAGGGGCAAGCACCGUGCACGAGACUCUCACAAGCUCACGCACACCAGAGAGGGGAAACACCCUGAAAGGGGACAAGAGUCCAGAGAUGAGCGACUGAGGACCUCCCCUUCACAGCAUAACUAUCUUCCACACAGCUAUCACCACAAGGAGCGUAGGGCUAAGAGAAGACAUGACAGCGAAUCGGAUGAUGAUGAGAGAGAGAGCAGAAAGAAAGCCUCCAAACCACCAGGACGUAAGCCUACGAGACACAACUCAAGUUCAAGCGAUGAAAGCACGCACGAACCAUCCAGAACACAAGCACGCAGAAGCCAGAAGGACCAGGUAGACUCAAGCUCGGAUGAUGAACCACAAGAACGGAAUGACACAGUCAGGAGAUACCGUAGCAUGACUGACACGAAUGGCGCACCCAAGUUUGGCCUCAUAAAACGUGGCAGUCCUCCAAGGAAGGUUACUCCUAAACCUCCUCAAAGGGACCUGCCAGCAAAAAAGGAAGAAAAGAAAACGCCAGUAGCGCACAAACGUCGUGCCUUGACUGAAGAAGAGAAAGAGGAGGCACGGAGACAGAUGCUGGAAAAUGCGCAGUGGCGGGAAGGGCAACGGAAAACAAUUGUGGAUCGAUACCGUAAGGACGAAGAAAACGAAGAGAUAAUGCACAAGCAAGGUGGCAAAGGUGGCUUCAUACGGCCUAUGUUGUCUAAAGCUGCUGAAACCGGCACCGUGGAAUCCCGCAUCAAGCAGAAGAUGCACACCGUACAGCGGAACAGAGAUGCUAUGGACCGUAACUUUGCAAGAAAGUGAACAGUCACCAUCCAACAAUCAACUAUGUCAAUCGGAGGUUUUAAUGUAUACUGUACAUCACUCUAUUGUAACAACAGUAUGUACAACGGUUAGUCUCUGUACACAUUUAGAGUCGUCCAUUUUACAAAAGCAGGUCCGCAUAUGUAUGCUGACAUAAAACCUAGCAUUAAAUACCUACGGACACCAACACAAAAGCAA